GCUCGGUUGCUCUGUGUGAUACUACCUCCUUCGCCAUCCUUUUGCUUCCCCCUCCCCUUGCAGCCAUGGCCGCAGCUGCUCGACCCCUUGUCACGGUCCAAACCCUUGAAGCCGAUAUGGCUACCGAUUCCCCCCAAGCCAUUCCCCUCCCAGACGUCAUGAAAUCUUCGAUCCGACCCGACAUUGUCACCUUCGUUCACUCCAACAUUUCCAGGAACAGCCGCCAGCCCUACGCCGUCAGUAGGCGCGCUGGUCACCAGACCUCCGCCGAAUCAUGGGGUACCGGUCGUGCCGUGUCUCGUAUCCCACGUGUUCCUGGUGGCGGUACCCAUCGUGCUGGUCAGGCUGCCUUCGGCAACAUGUGCCGUGGUGGCCGCAUGUUCGCUCCGACUAAGAUUUGGCGCCGCUGGCACCGGAGGGUUAAUGUGACUCAGAAGCGGCACGCCGUUGUUUCAGCCAUUGCUGCAUCGGCAGUUACAUCUCUGGUUUUGGCUCGCGGUCAUAGGAUUGAGUCAGUGCCGGAAAUGCCUCUCGUUGUGAGUGAUUCUGCCGAGGGUGUUGAGAAGACGAAGGAUGCGAUCAAAGUUUUGAAGCAGAUCGGCGCAUUUCCUGAUGCUCAGAAGGCGAAGGAUAGUCACGCAAUCAGGCCUGGUAAAGGUAAGAUGAGGAAUCGUCGGUAUAUCUCUCGCAAGGGUCCUCUGAUUGUAUAUGGAACAGAAGGAGCUAAAGCAGUUAAGGCAUUCAGGAACAUUCCUGGUGUCGAGGUUGCGAAUGUGGAGAGACUGAAUCUGCUUAAGCUAGCACCUGGUGGUCAUCUUGGGAGGUUCGUUAUUUGGACCAAAUCCGCGUUUGAGAAGCUGGAUUCUAUAUAUGGAUCAUUCGAAAAACCAUCAGAGAAGAAGAAGGGUUACCUGCUACCGAGAGCCAAGAUGGUCAAUUCUGAUUUGGCUAGGAUUAUUAACUCUGAUGAGAUUCAGUCGGUUGUGAGGCCGAUCAGAAAGGAAGUCAAGAGAGCACCAUUGAAGAAGAACCCACUUAAGAAUCUGAAUGCCAUGUUGAAGCUGAAUCCAUAUGCCAAAACGGCCAAGAGGAUGGCUCUUUUGGCUGAAGCUCAGCGUGUUAAAGCUAAGCAAGAGAAGCUUGACAAGAAGAGGAAGUCCCUCCCUAAGGAGGAGGCUUCUGCGAUCAAGGCUGCAGGGAAGGCAUGGUACCACACCAUGAUCUCUGACAGCGAUUACACAGAGUUCGAGAACUUCUCAAAAUGGUUGGGUGUCUCGCAGUGAAGUCAUUUGGUAUCGGGCAUCAUUUAAAUUUUGUUUUCUUCGUGUCACUUUCAGUUUGAGACAGCAAUGAAAUGGGGCCGAUAACUUGUGGAAUUAUUGCCCCACCUUUUUAACUUUGUUUCCUGGUUAAGAUGUAUGAUUUUUAAUUCAUUAGAAAUGGAGUUAAAUGUUUAGACCUCUUUUAUUCGUUUCUAUCUGUAUUGAAGUUAUUCCGUUGUCCUCUA